UCUGCAGGAAUAACAGAUGAGGACCGGCUGUGCCAUGCGGACUUGAAGCCCCCUUCCCCUGCAGUAGAAUGGGUUUGACUCUCUGACACACACACACACACACACACACACACACACACACACACACACACACACACACACACGCACACACGGGAACCACGCUGACCAGCAGACAACCAACCGGUGCUCCCUGGUUUCCUAGGACAGACGGGUUUGAGGGACAGAUGGAAGGCAAGCGAGGAAAAACAGAGGAACAUGGAUACUAGGAGGGGAAAGAUGAAAGGAGAAAAGGCUGUGUGAGAACGGAGGGAUCAGAGGGAGGAGAGGAACCGCAGCUCGAGCAGAUCUGGCCAGGUGAGAGGAAGGUAGGACAGAAGAAGGAUGCUGCGAGGAGAGCAUGGUGAAUACCAACGUCAGUACCACACACUGGGCAACGCGGCCCGCCGCUUCUCCAACCCAGAUGUCGAGGCAAUGGCCAAGCUGCAUGCAGGGGAUGCUGAGAGACAGCGGGGCAAAUAUCCACCUCAGCAUGCUGCUACCCUCGUCAGUGCCAAUUGUUCACGCCAGCAGCAACCACAUUACUGGAGCUUUAAGGCGAGGACUCCGCGUGCCAGUGGUGGUGGAGGUCAUCACUCUCUUGCCGAUCAGGGUGGAGGACGGUCGCUCUACGCCUCGGCAGAGAACCUAGAGACCAUGGGAGACGCUGAUCUUGCUCUAGGCUUCAGCCGCUCCAACCGCCUCAGACAGAGCCUACCGCUUGCCCGCUCUCCCAGCCAGAACAAGCUCCGCCCACCAGGCGUUCUGUUCCUGCAGUUUGGAGAUGAGACACGGCGUGUUCACCUCAGCCAUGAGCUGAGCAGCAUGGAGACUCUGCAUGCGCUGAUUGUCCAUGUGUUCCCUCAGCAGCUGAAUAUGAGCGCGCUCCGCUCGCCCGCCACCGCCAUCCUCAUCAAAGACGAGGCACGCAACGUCUUCUACGAGCUGGAUGACCCUCGCCGGAUCCACGACCGCUGCGUCCUCAAGAUCUACUGCCGAGACACCGCGUACAGCACUCACCAUCACACGCACCACGGCCAUGUCACCAACGGAGACCUGCGGCAGAGGGAGCUAGCGUACACCUCGCGUGAAUCUUCUCCGACUCGCCGCUUGAACGCCCACCCUUCAUCCUCUUCUCCGUCAGCCUCCCCGUCCCGCCCGCAUGCCCGCCUUUCUUAUGCGUCUGUUCGGCCUUCCUCAUACGCUGGUCCACCCCCAUCCCCUCAGCCCCACGCUUACCAGCACCAGAAUCCCAACCACCCUGCCUUCUGCCCCUCCUCCAGCGCCAUCUUGGAGCGACGGGAUGUCAGACCGGACGAGGAGGCGCCAGCAUCACCAUCAAAGAGUGUGGUGCUCCUGAAGAACGAGGCAGCGUAUGCUGAUCCGUACGCACUCGUCCAUGGUGUGGCUUCACCCCAAUCGCUCGCUUUUCGACGAGGAUCACUGCGGUCCCUAAGCCCGUAUUCAGCUGCUGCUCUGCAUUGCGAAAUUGAUGCUGCCCUCUACAGGCCUGGAGGACCACUCUAUGCUGAGCCUUACGGCCCGAUGGGCUUCCGAACUUUGCCACCUGCAUCACCGCAGAAGCUGGAGCCGUACAGGGGUCACUCAGGUCGGGGAUCACCGGGACGGCAAGGAUUCCGAAAAGAUGGGACGGUGUAUGUAGAGGGUCAUAAAGCACGAGUCGGGGGCCCUUUGCUGGACCAGAUGUGUGUGAUGGGUGGAGCAGGAGGUGAGGGAGUCGCCCUUGCGGGAUACGAAACCGAUACAAGGGAGCGAAUGGAGGCCAUGGAGAAGCAGAUAGCCAGUUUGACUGGUCUGGUCCAGAGUGUUCUUACCCGACCCCCGGACAGUCCUGACAAGGCAGAAACAGCAAGCGACUGCUCAGCACCUGAGACUACGACUCCCUCAGCUCCUCUGGCCCUGAUGCCACCGCCGCCCACUGGAACAUCUCAGCCGAUUACAAUGUCUCGAUCCCAAAUGCAAGUGCAUGUCAGUUACUUGCAACGGAGUACGACAGAGCUACGCAAGCAGCUGUCACAGUUACGCAAAAUACAGAUGCAGAAUCAGGACUCAGUGCACUCUUUGCUGAGGCAAGCAGAGGCCGAUUUGGGCCUUUGUCUGAUCGAAGCAUCUCGGACGCAGGAAGAUCCUCUACAACGCCAGCGCCUCCUCGUGGAGGAAGAGAGACUGCGCUAUCUCAAUGAAGAGGAACUGAUUAUACAGCAGCUACAUGAUCUGGAACAUUCAGUAGAAGAAAUGAAGACAGGGGCAGGGCUAAACCAUCAUUUGGUAACAGAACAAGAAGUGGAACAGAAAAUUCAAGAGCUCCGGAGGCUUGGAGAGACCCUGACCAAACUUAAGAAUCAGUUCCCGACACUGCAAAGUAAAAUGCGCGUGGUGCUACGAGUGGAGGUCGAGGCAGUGAAGUUUCUGAAGGAGGAACCUCUGAGGCUUGAUGCUUUAUUGAAACGCUGCAGAAAUGUCACAGAUACACUCGCACUGCUGAGGAGGCAGGUAUCAGAAGGCCUAUGGAAGACUCCGGAAGACUUCAGCAGCUGCAGCGAUGUUGACUUUACAAAGAGCUGUGAUCUGGACAUCCUAACAAGCCCUUCUCUGACCAGCCUACCUGACUUCACAGGCACUUUAACAGGCACUUCUGGUCUGUCAGGCUCCUUGACGAGCAACUCUGCCAGCAUAGUCUCUGGUGCCGGUCUGUCUAGUGCCCUUGGCACCAGUCUAGGCUUGAGUCUGAGUGCCACUGCUGGUUUAGCAGGCACUACCACUCUUGGGAACUGGCUGGCAAGCACAUCAGCUGUGGACAGCAGCAUGCCUGAGCAGGACGGCACCUCCGCAUGCACACCGAAGAGUCGUGGCAUCGAGGAUCUACCUACACGGAGAGAAACGGACAAAAGCGUGUCCGUGGAAGUCCGUUUGGCAGCGGAACGUGAUUGGGAAGAAAAGCGAGCAAGUUUAACCCAGUUCAGUGCCCAAGACAUAAAUCGUCUCUUGGAGGAGACACAAGCAGAACUGAUGAAGGCCAUCCCUGAUCUGGAUUUUGCUGCCAAACAGAUCACCAAACCUGCUGUGCCCCCAAAACCACAGCUGUCCUCUCUACCCAAACCUGCCUCACCAUCCUCCACACCAAGCUGUACACCUGAACACCAACCGGGAAAGCCACCACCUAAACCAGCUGGCAAGGAUGGCAUUCAACGAAGAGAAUCCGGGGAGCUAACCGUUCCACGGUAUCGAACAGAGAAGCCGUCCAAGUCUCCACCACCUCCACCGCCACGUCGCAGUUUUCCAUCAGGGCACAGGCUCACGACCAACAGCAGUGGCGAAGUUGUCAUCGUUAACAAGAGUGUUAAUAAAACUGAAAAGAACGAAAACUGUGAGGAGUCAGAUGCACAAGUCCAGUCUCAGACGCCACCUGUUAAACUCAGACGACCUUCGACCUCUGAAGGGCCUCGGCCCUCCUCCACGCCGCCGGUCAUUGCUGCUUCUGGGAUGAAGGAGGAUGAGGAUGAGGAGGAGAAGAUCAUGGCAGAGCUUGAGAUCUUCCAGCCAGCACUGGUAAAGCCCGUCACCCCCAAGUCCAUCAGCCUCCCACAGACCACCAGUCCCGAGAGCAGCGGUCCCAGUUUGGGCCUGUGGACAUGCAGCAGUUUGUGGUUAGAGAAUGCAGGCACUCCUCCAGGUUCGGGUAAGACGUUGUCGUCGUCGUCAUCGUCGUCGUCUCGCCUGAAGCAGCUGCAGCAGAGCGGCUUGGAGCACAAAAACAGGAAGCAGCGCGAGCAGCAGGGCCAGCAGCAGGCAUAACCAAACGCUGCGCUUCAUGCCCCAAAGACAGGAAAAGAUACAAAUUAAGGCCUACUCUCCUUCAAAUAGAGUUUAGGACCUUAAACUUUUUUAAAAAAGAAAAGAAAAAGCAAUCCUACUGAAGUGUAGGUCUAAUAUAUAGAUAGAUUUGCUCUUUUUUUUUUUUCCUGAGGCAUAACCCUUUUUGCAAACCAAUUCCCAUGUCCCUUUCUGGCCAAUCACAGCCUCUUUCUCUCCUUACUGGCAUGUCGCCAUUAAUUUCAGCCAAUCACUGUCCUUCGCUCUGUCCUCCCCUGAGAUCUGAUCCCAUCCAAGGUGAUUAGACCAUGAAGGUGAUCCGUGAGGACGACGCAUGCACCGGACCCUGAGUAGGAUACUGAACUGCAGGCUUGCACAUGUUAUAUCUAAUACAUUAGGGUAAGUUAGAGUAAUUAAUGUAAUAAUAUAUCACUGUAUGUACAGUAAAAGAACAUCGACAUCAGCACCAUGGGGUAUUUAACCUGUAACCCAUACACAGGCACUAAGUGAGCAAAUGUUAAUUAAUGUAUUGAGAUCAAUUAAUGGGAAAACUGGCACCUCGUAUAAGCGAAAAGGUUUAGCGACAAAUAAAAUGUAUUUUUAAUACAAUUUUGCUUCUUUAGUUUUGGACUGGAGCUUAAAGUCUAUGUAUAUAGCUAACAUAAUAUAGCUAAUAUAAUAUAGCUAACCAGUACUAGACGUCUGUCUCACUCCAAAAUCCUUUUCGUAAAUAAAUAUUGGACCCUUCCUAUACAUAAUUCUACGUUAUUACGCUACGCAAUGACAUCAUUAAGCUACUACGUUCACUAAGGAAUAAAACACGAUAGGGUGUGCUGUCAUAGAAAUAAUAAUAAUCAACAAAGCCACCACCUGGAAGUUGAUGGUUUUCCAUUGACAUUUACUUCCUCUCACGCCACAGCAAUUUGCCAACGAUUGCAAUUUUUCAAUUAUUAAUGAACGGCGUGCGUUUUACCCAUUUACAGUUACGUUUAUAGGAUGCUGCGGAACGUCCACGAAACAAGUCAGUUCCUGUUAUCGCUUAUGUUAUAGAAGCUACAAAAGGUCAUUCCCUCACUAACCUCUCAUUUUCUCUCUCUUGAAGUUAACAACAACAACAACAACAACAACAACAAACGUAGCUUGUCAUGGUACAGAGAAACCAGAAAGCGCAAAAAACUAAACAAAAAAAAAAAAGGGAGACUUACAAAGAACGGUUAAAUAAACUCUCUUUAAAGAAGCUUGACCAUAUCAAUGAUUAAACACUUUUCUUUGUUAAAUCAUAGACUUGUCUGCCAAGUCUCUGCGCAAGUUGUUACUAUAGAAACGAUAACAUACUAGAACUAAUGCAUUAAUAUAAACCUGUAUUCUGACUUGCAACUGCUGCUAUAGAAAAUUAAUCUGAACCUUCCGACCAAUCACAAUCCAGAAUUCAACAGCGCUGUGGUAUAAAAUCUUCCAGCCUGCCGUUAUAAAUCCAAGCUUAAGUUUUGGAGACGCUGUGUUGUAAAAACGUCAUCAAUGUAUACUCGACCACCAGGUAGCUAAUUUAUUAUUAUUUAUUAGAUAGAUUUCCAUUGGUUGUUUUGCAUUGUAGCUUCAGUGCACAAAAAAGAAGAAAAAAAAAUGAAAAAAGCAAACGCGUCUUGGCUAAUCAACUAUUUUUGUUGGGUGAAAGGGAAUAUUAUGUAAAUUAAAAUUUUUCGCCAAACCAUACCUCUAAACGAGCGGAAAAGUAACAAUUCUAUAGCACUUACAGAGAGACCUCACUAUACACAAAAUACAGAUCGUACGCAAAUUAGAAACUAACUGUGAUAACUGUGACUAAUUUUAGAUGUAUUUAUUACCAAAAUUGUGUUUAUGAAAUAUGCCUAUAUAGUGUUUGUAUGAUUAGAAUCUUUUGUAUUUUUGUAUUUUAGAAUGAAAGAGUGCACGGAAAAUCUGAAAAAACGAAAAACAUGAAAUAAUCGAAAGUAAAUUAAAAAAAAAAAACAAAAGAAAAGGGAAAAAAAAGGGUAACCUAUUGGGCGAGGUGCGCUUAUUUUCAGCAAGAGUGUUACAGAAAGAUACAAAGCUAUAUUCAAUUAGAGUUCAUCUUUCGAGUACAUUCUAAUAAUUCUAAUGAGGAAUAACAACUGAUUACACAGGAAUCUGAGUGAUAGUGAUAAAACCCUAUUUUCCCCCAAACACCAGUCAUUUCAGUUAUUUUUUUAAAUCAUUGAGCCUAACUGACAAUAAGAUCAGAUUUGGAUAUUAAUCAGAUUAAUCAGAUGUUGGAUAUUAAUUGGAACGGUUCCCGAUUUUUCAUUAAAAUUUUUUAUUUUGUGCUUGGAUUUAGCUUAAAGACAAUCAGAGCUGUUUUAAAUGUGAUUGCACGUGUAUUUUACGCACUAUAAGACGCACACAGAAAGCUCCGCCCCCUUUUUUGUCGCCGCAUUUGUGGCAUAGUUAUUUUUUUGUUUUUACUUUUGUAUACUGGUAUAGGCUGGUAAAGUUUUUGACCUGUUAUUGUUGCCAUUCCAUUUAGUUUUUGUGUUGCCAUAUUUCAUUUCAUUCUUUUCAUCCCAUUAGUGUUGCCAUAGUUAAGGUCCGUAUUGUUUUUGUCUCAUUAGUGUUGCCCGAUUUCAGGGCAGUAUGUUCUCUUUUCUGUCCUAUUAGAGUUGCCCUGUUACUUUUUGUCCCGUUACUGUUGUCACCGCAUUCGUUUUUCUCUCGUUAGUUUCACCUUAGUUCAGGGCAGUAUUGUAUUUGUCCCAAUAGUUUUGACUUCCUGUUUGUUUGUUGUUUGUCCUGUUUGGGUUCCCGUAGUUAAAGACUGUAUUUAACUGUAUGUUACUGUAGUUAAAUGGUGUAUUGUUUUUGUUCUAUUAGUGUUGUUACUGUCUGGAUUGUUUUAUUCCCAUUAGGUUUGCUGCCAUGUUACUUUUUGGCCUGUUAGUGUUGCCAUAGUUAAGGACUGUACUAUUUUUUUAAUACAUUAGUAAUACCAUCCUGUUACUUUUUGUCCUGUUAGUGUUGCCUCCCCAUUAGUUUCUGUCCCAUUCGUUUUUGUCCUGUUAGUUUUACUGCAGUUGAGGGCUGUAAUUUUUCUUCCAUUAUCCGCCCUGUUUAGGUUUUUUUGGGCCAUUUUAUUUAAACUUUAACCUUUGAUCCAGCCCUGAUAUUAAUCUGUUAAUAAAUUUUCCAGGCCAUGAAGAGAUCUAUCUGAUUUUUAUGUUUUGCUAACCUUUGAAUAACCCUCCAGUAACUGUGUCAUACCUCUUGGAUUAGCGGAGCUACCGUAAACCUGUUAACGCUUGUACGUACAGAAGAGAAACAAACACUGUUUUGCGUCUUAGAGUUUGGAAAAUACCAUGAAUGAGACUUACUAAAUGAUUUAUAAUUGCAGUGGACUUUUAGUCGUUGCUGCUAGUCCUGCUAUUGUGGAUUUCACAACAUUAUCGACUCAGACACUGAGCCAGUUUGAUUCACCUUUGAAAAGGUGGCCGCUGGCAUAAAAAAAGAAGAUAUUUUCUAUUAUAUGCAUUGCACUUUUUAAAAAAAACUGAUGUAAUUCUUGGGUACUAGCCAACAAAAAUCACCGAAGCAUGACACAAGCUGAUAAAGCACAUGUAGGGGUGUCGGAAUGAAAAGUGUAGAAAAACUUCAACUGUACAUAGACUGUGCUAUUCGAGUGUACUAAUUUAGUGACUUUGUAUGUAAGAUUUUUUUUUUUUAAAUAUAAAUGUUAAUAACAAGAUGUUAGUGAGAAAACAAUCCGAGCUCACACAAAAUUCGUAAGAUUUCAAACAGGUGAACGCUAUUCUGACACGCUUCAUUCGGUUGACGUUUUACACCGACUCCGAACUUUAACUUACCCAUUCGUACAAGGCGGCUCGAGUGAAUUCUUACGAAUUUUGCCGCUGUGAGACCACGUCGGUGAAACUGCAUGUACAGUAUACCUGAAGUCUGCAUGCAGAAGCUGCUUUUUGAGUGUAAAAUAGAAAUGAGUUCUGUAUAAUAAAAAAAAGAAAGAAAAGAUAUUUUUUGUUAAAGAUAGUAUGUUACUGUAUGUGUCGGUGGGCCGAUCUCACUCGCUUUACUGUCAUCUGUAACCUUAUAACUAAAACAACUGUUCGAAACUGACGAACCACGAGCGAUGUAUUUGGCUAGUUAGGAGAUAUCCAGUAGCUCAUCCAUGUUAAAGAACGUGUCGAGUGUUUACAGAAUAACCAUGUGAUUAUAACAAUAAUGCACAUUUUGACCAAUAUGAAUACAGCUGUAUUGAGAAAUUAUAAUGCUGCUCUUGUG